CGCUUGUCGCCUGUGAUGUAGUAACUCCCUUGCAAAUCACUUUCGAAACUGAGUCCCGUAUGAGUUCAUACCUUAUUUUAGUAAGUUCUUCGCCUUAACUUUAGAAAAUGAGAUGACUCUGAGAAGCAUGUGAGCUAUAAAAACUAUCUAUCGGAUAUUUUUUGGUCUAUCAAUUCAUUUACUUCCGAAGGGCAACGAUGUGUAUCCGCUGUGGCCUUGGAGUACUUCCAUUUCUUUUAGCUGUGCUAUCAGCCGUCACCUUCGUGAUUACCUACAUUAUUUCCCGUGUACGCAACGACACUUCGUGGUUCCCAACUAUCAGCGACACUGCGAGUCGCCGGCCAGAGAGCAACGUUUUCGGACUGCUGUUUAAUUUUUGUUCUCUUCUUGCGCUCUUCACAACUUUUGUGCGGUAUCUUCAGUUGAGACACGAUGCUGAUUGGAAUGAGAGAGAUAGGGCUCUUCUUAUCAGGCUCAACAAAUUGGCUGUGAUGCUUGGUGUAGCUGCAAGUCUUGGUGGAAGCAUAGUGGCCAAUUUUCAGGUAAUAUUUAGCAAGAUCAAUGGAUAUGAGCAUAAUUUUAAAGCUGACGUUGGAUGUAGGAAAAUUAUUUUUUAAAAAAUCACAACGGUAUGUCUAACCAGAUUUCUCGACCAAGGAAUUCAAAUUUAACGUCAAAUAUUAAACUGAAAGGCAGCAUGGAAGUUAACCUUCAUGUAUCUGAACUAUGCUUAGAAGCUUUUUCUUAAACAACCCAAGCUACAUGCAUAUGUGUGCAAUCGGUUAUUAUAAAGAACAGAGCGUACUAAUUCCUGUGCGUGUUUCAGCAACUUAUUGGCUGGCGUGUUUUCGCCUCUUAAUUUUUUUUUAUUCAACGAUACAUACAAAACUAAAUUUGUAAAGAAUACUGGUGUUACUUGCAUUACUGAUAUAUUUACAAUACUAACAUGACUCAACUUACUGAUAUCACAAUAAUGCUAACUGAUUCACAAUACAAACGUUUCUUUAUUGUUAAUUUUUCGUUAUAUGUAGUACAGUACACCGAAUCGAAAUUGAAUUGCCAUUGUUCUGGACUGACUAGCGUCUCACACAUGUGAUAAUCCUUUUGUGUUUCAAGGUGAAGAUGAGGCUAGUUAGUCCAGAACAAUGGCAAUUCAAAUUGGACACCGUAUUUCGAUUUGCUGCAUAGAAACAAUUAUAGUCACUCAUUUUAACAAAAUCUUUUAAUUCUACGCUUUUGAAAAAUUCCAGGUAUACAUUCCCACACGAAUACUUUUAUACUUACUUAGAGUAAAAUUAAAAUCACCUCCCUUAUACUAAAUGUACAAACCUUAACUUAUUACAUCAGAAAAAUAUGAAAUAAUUCUGAAUAAUGAACACAAAAUUAGCUUGAAGUAAGCUCACAUUACUGUACUUAGACUCUUCUCAAAUAUUACUAAUUGUACCUUAUACUUACCUUGCACUUCAUAAAUAGCUUUUUAUAGAAUGAAAUUUUGAUAUUAAUAUGAUGUCAUUAACAGUACAAAUAAUAGUAUAGUUUCAUCAUCUUUUAUUUGCCUUAUUUACACAAUACAAAAAAUUUAUUUACAGUGAUUAUAGCCAGAAGGCAAGGAGACCUAGGAAGCCACCGGGCUUAUGGGAGUGUAACACUUUAACUCCCAAGAUCUGGCCCAGGUUGUUCAAAUCUGGGUUAAGAUAACCCAGGGUUAGGAUGGAAUUUGAUUUCAGGUCUGAAAGCUUAAAGGAAAAUUCAGUUAAAAUCCCUUUGCUCACAAUUUGAUCAUUGCAUGUUCUAAAAAGAAUAGGGAAAAUUUUCUCUAAAAGGCUUUGGAAAAAAGAAGUAUAGAAACCUGCUUUAAAAUUUAACCCUGGGCUUGCACUAAUCGGCCUUUGAACAACUGGGUCCAGUUUGUUAAUUCUCCCCUCUACCUGCUACUUAUUUCCAUGUAAAUUAGUUAUGAGAAUUUGGUGUUUGAUAAAAGUUAUAAUUUUCACCUGAUAAAGUUGAGUAUUCUCAUUACUUGUUUGCUGGAUAAAGUAUGGAUAUUGUAGGGAGAAGUUCCCUGCGAAUCACUUCUGGGAGUUAAUUGGGUUAAUUACAUUCAUACAUAAACUUUCCAAUAGCGCACUAAAACUAUGCCAAAACAAGAAACUCCCAAUAUCAAAGUCACCUUAAAGACUAAAAUGUUUUGUUUCUUUCCAAACAGGAAGAUGCUGUCUCAUUUAUCCACACUAUCGGUGCACUCCUUAUUUUCGUGGGAGGUAUUCUGUAUUGCUGGGUUCAAUCUUUUAUUUCUUACAAGAUGAGCGCUUGUGGUGUGAUCACACACAGUCUUUUUAUCUUACGAGUGGCCAUUGCUAUUGCUGUUACAAUCUUCUUUGCCAUAUGCGUAACAGCUACCUCGUAUGCUGGUGUAAAAGGAGUUCGUUACAACCUGGACCCCUACAAAAAGAUGCCACGCUGGACUACAGCAGACAGAAACUACAUUUAUCAUGUCAUUGGAGAUGUUUCUGAAUGGCUCACAGCAUUAAUUCUUUUGGGCUACUUGUUCACAUAUUUUGGAGAGUUCAGGUUUGUAAAGAUGAAGAUUGUGGUGUCAAGACAAACACAACAUCCUGUACCUCUAGCAACUGGAAUGGGUUCGGAUGAUAGUCUCCAUGCCUCACUAUAUGUUUAAUGGUAGUUUCAAGUUACGAAGUGCUUGAAAUGAAGAAUUAUGCUCGGGACGGACUUGAUAUGUUUGUUGAUAUGUACACAAGUUACCAAAUAGUACUGUAUUUCUGAUACAAAUUAAUUAAACUAUAUUAGUAUUUCUAGCUUUUGUAAAUAAUGUAUCACACAUCUGUUUAUCUACUGUGGAAAAUUUGAUUGAUCUAUCUGUUUUUCCAGGAAAUAUCCAUACUGCUCACAUGAAAGGUUUCAGCACCCUUCCACCUCCCCCCACAUUCAUUUAAUGUUUACACCAAUCCUCCAGCAGGGAGUAGGGGUAAGAGAGGAAAUACUUCUUGGAAUUGCAAAGUGCAUGUUAAGUGAGUUAGUUUUUUAACUAAGUGAUCAAACUGCAGUAUGAUAGAAGAGGAUAAAUUUUUUUCUUCUAGUCUUCUAUUUCGUAGUUAAUAUCAUGAAAAAUGGUAGUGUUUGAUUGCAUUUGACUACAGAUGAGAGAGAGAUUUUCUCUUUUCAAUGAGUUGAAAUCCAGCAGCUGAGGAUAAAAAAUGGUUAUGGUAAAUAGUGAGUGCUAACUGCAUAAAUCUUCUGUAGUUUCGUGACUAUCAGAUCAGGAAACCUAUUAUUAUAAUUUUAAGAGCAACAGCACUCAGUCUUGUCCUAUGAAGUUUACAUCACUGCAACUUUUCUUGUAAAUCUAAGGAAUUCAGGAAUGAAUAAUGUGAAAUUUAUACAUCUCCCCAAACCUCAAGAGUAAACAUAAAGUAACCUCUGUGUACAAAUAUGACUACUCUGUCUAACAGGAAGUCAUGGAAAGAAAUAAGGGGAUCUUGCCUGAUUUAUGAUACAAAUCUCAGAACUUAAGUUUUAUGAAUUGUGUGGGAGACAGUAAGGAGAAUUUAUAUUAAAACCUUAAGGGUUUAGAAUUUGAGGUAGACUCAGAUCUCUUUGAAGACCAGAACUUCACAUUCCAUUCAAGAGAACUUUGUUAAAAGACUCUGCUUGCUGUCAAACGUUAGUGAUUUUAAAUAAACAAAUGGUUUUCUAAACAUUUUUUG